AUGUCAUGCCAGCUCCUCCUCAACAGAUUGCAAACGGCUUCAUGUCGCCGUGAACAACAGAUUGUCGAUGACAGAGCUAUAUUCGAUAGCUUAUACUAUUCAACAAAUAAUGGAUACAACCGAAAGCGGAGAAGGAGACCUGAUCAAGACUCUUUCCGUUCAUUCGGAUAUACCUCCAAGCCUUCAACGUCAACUACUACUUCUACAACCAUAUCUAAUUUGACGCAAUCAGGCUACUCAAAUAAGGUUUCUUCUACACGAUCCCUCUUCUCACCCCUAUCGAAACUUAGCAAUUUCACUAUUGUUUUGUUUACUGUGCUAUUACUUCAAUGCCAAUCAACUUCUGGGCAGCAGCUAGAAAAACGGCCGGAGUUUCUGCCAUCUGAACAACAAGAUGAGUAUGUUCGUGAGAAGUUCGAAGCACGUGGUCAUAAAUUGCCAUAUAACGUCCUGGUUGUUCUCCCUGCUAAAGAAUCCCACAACGACAAGUUUGGAUUAACUAUCGAAAAAGCUCGGCCGGUGAUUGACAUAGCUGUAAAGGAUAUUGAGUAUAGUGGCCGAAUGCCGCCUGGGUGGAUCAAUUUAACAUAUCAUGAUUCGCGUUAUUGGGAAGAUACGACACUGGCUGAACGCCACUCAUCUGUAGGUGUCAUACAAGCAUACUGUGAGCAUCGGCUAGAUGCAAUAUUAGGAUUUGCUGACAGCUAUGGUUUAGCAACUGUCACAAAAGUUAGUGCCGGUUUAAAUGGAGGAAUACCCGUGCUCACAACUGCCGGUAUGCCCUCAUCACUUCAUUCAAAGAAGGCAUAUACGUUUCUGACACGAAUGCAAGGAAGUUAUCGGCAAAUGGCUGACAGCAUGUUCAAGUUUAUUGCUUAUAAUGAAAGUCGUUUAACACGUAGUGAUAACAUUUCGCUUAACUAUAAGCAAAUUCUUUUUAUGUAUCACGAUAAAAAGCGUGCAGUAAACCGUCCUGUACAAGAAGAAACAGCUGAUUCGGAUGAUGUUAGCUCGCACUGCUACUUUACCUUAUAUGCCAUCAAAAACUAUUUCACGGAGAAGAGCCCUCUCUUCAAGACAGAAUGGUCGAUAAAUACACCGUCGUUUGCCUUCGAUGAAGAAUUGCCCCGAUCGCGUGGAACUGUCAAGGAAUGGCUUCAGAAUAUUUCGAUGAAAACAAACGGUGCGUUCUUUUGUUAA